AUGGCCUUGAAAGCUGCUGCGGAAACACAUCCACUCUCCUUCGAGCCCUACACUUUAACACCGCUUGACUGGGUCAACCUACCCAUCCAUGUGCCUCUCGUCUUCGUCUUCACUCCUCCCAGUAUUCCAGCAGGAGUUGAAGCAUUGGAGCACGGUAUUUCCCGUCUCGUGGCACAGCUUCCAUUCCUAGCCGGCAAUGUUGUUCUCCAUCCGGGCAACGGGGGCUCCGUGGAGCCUCCUAGUGACAAAUAUCUAGAGGAGGACCCGGUAAUCCGCAUUGAGACUCAUCCACAAAGCAUUUCCAUUAUCCACGAGCCUAAUUUUGGCUUCAACGAUAGCCUCUCUAGCGACACCUUCCUCCCGAUCCCUAUGUCACUGAACGUCAAGGAGAUCAGCCCUGUCAUUCGGUUUUGUAUCAAUGUUAUGACUGAUGGACUGAUCCUAUGUAUAUCAAUUCACCACGCUGCCAUGGAUGGAUUGGGAGUGAUGAACAUAGUGAGGAUGAUAGGCUUAUGCUGUGCCAGUCCUGGCAAGCCCCGUCUCCCUGUGUCCCCUCUUACCGAGGCCUCUGUUCGAGCCAGGUUAUCGAAUAUUUCAACCGACGGAUCCUUCAUGGACAUGCAAAGCUACGGUCCCGAUCACUGGUCGCAGUCUCGUCUCAUAAGCUGCGAGUUCCUGUUCUCGGCCAAGAGGAUUCGUCAAUUAGGGAUACUCUGCAAUGUCGCUCUCAAACAGUCGUGUCUGGAGAAGGAUGCAGGCAAUGGAGAUAGAAAGUCUGUCAAUGAGCUCUCAACUAGCGACGUGUUCUCCGCGCUGCUGUGGCUUUGCACGACGCGCGCUCGGUCCCGAGCCCAGUUGCUAUCGCCACCGUCAAAUACUUAUGCUACAGAAACCACUCGCCUCGGAGUGGCAGUCAGCAUCCGUGACAUCCGUGACAUCCUGAAGCCUCCGAUUCCCCUAACCUACCUUGGAAACGCCAUGGUUGUCGCAUCCGACACCCACGUGCGUCAUGAAAUGGAGGCCCCCAGGGCUACCACCGCCACCUCCAUCGACAAAGACGAAGUAUUGGUACUGGCCAAUCUCGCAUCCAAGGUUCGUCAUACCAUACAGGUUGUGGACGGUCAUUAUGUUCGUCAGGUGGUGAGGCAUAUCAAAGCAAGCCAGGACUGUCAAGACGCAUCGUUCUAUUUCCCAGAUACGUUCGUAACAAAUCUGCGAUUGCUAGACCUGCGUCAGUGGGAUUUUGGCCCGGUGCUGGGUCAGAUAGUAAAUUUCGAUCAUUUGGAGACGAGAAUUAACGGGCUUUGUUCGAUUCAUCCACGAUGUGGAGGGACUUCUGGAGAGUCGCCAUGGAAGGUUCGGGUGAAUUUGGAACCGGAGGCGAUGGAUCGGUUACGGGGGGAUGCGUUGAUUAGAUGGGCGGCAGAGAAAGAUACAGCAUGUAAGCUGUAA